AUGCUGAACCAAAGUCCGCCGAGUGCUGGGCCAUUCGUAGAGCCUACUGGUCGCUCAGCCAAAUGGAUUUUGAUACCCGAGAUUGGUGUUGCCAGAGAUCGGACAGAAAGUCAGGAUGGAGCUCAACCCUCCCAUCCCGAGGGUAUUUUCAUAUCGUUCGACCCUCGCAUCAAAGCAAUCCUUGAACAAGUCAAGGACCGGGCGCCCAUCACCCAUCAAGCGGCCAAGAAUGUCCUGUCGGACGUCGCAAGGAAUCCCAAGAGACUGCCCGGCCAUGCCAGCGGCAGCGAUGUUCCCGCUACCGUCGGCACAGCCGAGGUUAAGUCCAUCGCGGAAUCUGAUGUAGUGGGCGGCGCCCACUACUUCUUCGAGACCGUGAAGCAGGAUCCUGAUUACCCCCCCUUGACGAGUGUAGACUCGUUCGUAAAAUGGGGGCUGUCGGCGAGCCCGGCCCUAACACGACUCUUCCGUCGCUGCAUCGAUGUCGUAUUACAUGGCAAGCGCAGGCUGCUCAUCUAUGCUGAUACACCCUUUAUCCAGCAGUAA